UCGAGCUCAGUGGCCCGCCAUGUUUUUUACCGAGUGGGGUGUGUAGAGAAGGCCGGGGUGAAAAUCAUCUCUCGGGGCAUGCAGUGUCAAAAUGGGAAGGAGACAAUACUUCUCAUUUCGCAUUAGAGCCUGUCAUCCUUGCGACGACGACGAAACAUCCACCACACACUUACAUGGAACUAGGGCCAGUACAUAUUAAGCAACAGUAACGACAUUUCAAAGAAAAAUAAAAAAACAAGAAGAAAAUUUAUCGAAACGACAAAAAGAAUUAACGACUUAACGACGAGCUGUUGCAAUCAAGCCUAAGCAAGAAUUACAUUAGCAAUAGCAGAAACCUAUACACUCAUUACUCUUCAAGACGAUACACAUUUUCUUUGGUGGUGGACACUUAACGAAGUCACAAACGAAAGGACAGACAAAGUUACUUGUAACUAGAGACACAAUGGUUUUGGAAUAAAAGAGAGAGGAUGAUCACCCCGGGAGCUAGUGAGCUCUGGAGAACUCGCGGCUCGAGGAGGCGUGCUUCCGGCAGCAGAGGCGGCGAAGAAAACGCAAGGCAGCCACAUCAGCAAGCGCAGCAGAAGCAUCAUCGAGUAAAGGAAUGAGAAACCCGGCGUUGCAGCUUGUGGGUAUAGCGGCGUCACCAGCUGUGGGGGCGGGUGGCGUCAGGGCCGAGGAAGAACAACUGCGUAACUGGUUGGAGCAGCGUUUGGAUGCGUUAGGCAUCGAUCCAGUUGCCUACUCGCGCUUCGUCCUCAGUUUAUUGCGACAACCAGACGACUCGGCCCUAUCACCACCACCAUCACAUACGCCAUCCACGCAUACACAGCGCCAACGAGCCGCCACCGCCACAGCCGCCUUCAAACCUAUCAGCAGGCUGCCACGCUGUUCCAAACUGCCACUGCAGGGUGAUAGGGAGCAACGCCGUGCCGUCGUUCAAUGCCUUACUAAUGCCGCUGAUCAGAAAUGCGGGGUCGAGUCAUUAGUGGACGAAUUGUGCGCUAAACUACGAGAUCUUGAGGGUAGCGACACCAAGGAUGACCAAAAGGAACUAAAAACUGCCACUGAAGCUGAAGCUCAAGUUCCUUACGAGACUCUAACUCCUCAAGAUCGUGCUCUACGUUACUACGCGGCAUUCCCGGCCCUGCAACCUACCACCCCGAAGAAGUCUCUGCACCGGAAAGAACGCAUCACAAGCAACAACAACAAUAACAAUAAUAAUUUUAAUAAUAAUAAUAAUAAAAAGAACAACGGUUUAAGCAACAAUAACAAUAAGAACAACAAUAACAAGGCCCGCCAGAAGAAAAAUAAGGUUUCGAUACAGGCCACUGAAAUAAAGAAAAAAGACACAAACGACUCCGGAUUUGCUGAACCGAUGGAGCGUGAGAGAGAUAAUGAGCAAGAGCGCGCAUUAGAUCAGUUAAAGUUGGCGCAGCUACAGGCGAAAUUCGACGAAAGUCUCGAGGCAUUAUGGGGCACUGGUCCAGGAAUAUCUCAAGGUACCAAUUCAAUCUGGGCAGCUCCAUCUCUCUCCAUUCCAUCUGGACCGCUAUGGCCAACCGACCAUGGCGAUAUCACUUUCCCAAUGAUUACCUAUGAUAAAAGCACCGUAGAUACAGAAACCCAUAUCGAUGACUCACCGCUUAUACCGUGGGACGUCGAUCUGUUUAGUAUUGAGGACUGUCCUAACGAAUCCGGAAAUAAAAACAAAACUCAAGACAUAGCGUGGAAAGAUUCAGUUGGUGAUGGUCCUUGGCAUUGGGGUGAUCUAAAAAGUAUCACAACGCUAGGUCGAAGCCCUUGCACAGGCAGUUGCUACUAUCCUGCGGUACCUGUUGCCACUGAUAAAGAAUCCUCUACUCAGCAGAAAGCAAAUAAUUUACCAGAGUCCGACGAAGACCUGCUUACCUCUACGCGCACUCACUUUCGCCCAAUCAAAGAAGACGGCCACUAUACUGACGGGACUACUUUCCCCGUCAAUAACAGCCUUGAACGAGUAGCAUAUCGCAGAUCUGAGUCGGGAAAUUUAUUCUAUCUUCCUGGCGGUGAGAGCCCAUACAUGGAAUAUCGAGAAAAUCUUGUUGCGCCAAUGGCAGUAUCAGCAAAUCUUACGCUGAAGUUUCGAGUUCGUCAAUGCGACAAAAGCAUUCAAACCGAGCCAAUAAGAUCGCCCGUGAAGCGCAGGAUUCUCUCGGAAAAAGAUCGCAUGUAUUAUCUGUCGAACGCCGCAGAGGAAUUAAACAUGAAUGAAAACGAAGAGAAUGAGAAGGAUUCUUUUAAUUUGGAACAGGUGGGCUGGGAUCAGCCGACAGUGCUCUCACGUAGUGAAAGAAAAAGAAGGCAUAGCAGCAACUUCAAGUCCCGAUCAUUGAUAGUCUUGCGCCCACUGACACUGUGAGGCCGCUAAGGUCACUGACAUCAGGACUUGUGCCGUGAGGACGCGAUUCAACCUAGCAGGCAGUUGUGUUUUAGUCUAGAAUAAAGAAUGAAAAUAAAAAAAGCGUUACACGAUGGGUAAUUAAACAAGUAAACAAAAAAAAUACGGUAGGCAACGGGGUCCUCUUGGCAUGUGGAAUU